AUGCCCCUCGACAUCGAGGAGAUACUGAGGAAAAAGAAGGCGGCCGAUGCUGCUGCAGCCAAACCCAGAUUCAUCCCCAAGGCGGAACGCGAACGACUAGCGGCCGAGAAGGCAAAGCAGGAAGAAGAAGAGAAGAAGCGCAAAGCGGCAGAAGAAGAGCAGAAGCGUCGACAGGAAGAAAGAAAAUGGGAAUCUCUCGCGAAUGGCUCGUCAACCCCCAACGGCAUCGCGCCUCCUACAGGCCCCAGGGCCAUGAACCCGCCCAACGCAGGCAGAGGCCGUGACGGGGGCCGUGACGGGCCCCGUGACGGCGGGCGAGAGGGAAAGAAAAACUCCAAGACGGACGGCGUCAAGCGCUCGGCGGCGGACAUUGAGGACUCGCUGCUGCGGUCGCGGUACCUGGGUCCCGAGGUCAACCAGCAGUCGACCUUUUCAGCCAAGAAGAAGCGCAUGCGGACGACGGAGAAGAAGUUCAACUUUGAGUGGGACGCGGACGAGGAUACAUCAAGAGACAACGACCCGUUGUAUGCGAGCCAGAGCGUCAACAGAGGCGGCUCCCUCGCCGGCCUCGGUGGCGAGUUCGACAAGGAGGCCGAGCAGCGGGCGCGCAAGCGAGCAAAGAUGAUUGAGGAGCGCGAUCCGGAACACGGCAGGGAGCGGGCGAUUGGCAUCAUGGAGGACUUUUACAGGGCGCGCGACAGGGCGAGGGAGAGGGCCGAGAGGACGGGCCUGGGGCGGCACUGGUCGGAGAAGGCGCUCAGCGAAAUGCGCGAGCGAGACUGGCGCAUCUUCAAGGAGGACUUUGGCAUCUCCACCAAGGGAGGCGCCAUCCCGAACCCCAUGCGCAACUGGGAAGAAUCCGGGCUGCCGCGGCGUCUCCUGGACAUUGUGGACCGCGUUGGCUACAAGGAACCCUCUGCUAUUCAGCGAGCAGCCAUCCCGAUUGCCUUGCAAGCCCGCGAUCUUAUUGGCGUUGCCGUCACUGGUUCCGGUAAAACUGCCGCUUUCCUACUGCCGCUGCUGGUGUACAUAUCCGACUUGCCGCCUCUGACGGAGGCCAACAAGAACGACGGCCCGUACGCGCUCAUCAUCGCGCCGACCCGCGAGCUGGUGCAGCAGAUCGAGACGGAGGCGAAGAAGUUUGCCGAGCCGCUGGGCUUCAGGUGCGUCAGCAUCGUCGGCGGACACUCGCUGGAGGAGCAGGCCUUUGCGCUGCGCAACGGCGCCGAGAUCAUCGUGGCGACGCCGGGUCGUCUGGUGGACUGCAUCGAGCGGAGGCUGCUCGUCCUGGUCCAGUGCUGCUACAUCAUCAUGGACGAAGCCGAUCGCAUGAUCGACCUGGGCUUCGAGGACUCGGUCAACAAGAUCCUCGACGCGCUGCCCGUGUCCAACGAGAAGCCGGACACGGACGACGCCGAGAACGCGCAGCUCAUGAAGCGCUACGUGGGAGGCAAGGACCGCUACCGCCAGACCAUGAUGUACACGGCCACGAUGCCGCCUCAAGUCGAGAAGAUUGCAAAGAAGUACCUGCGCCGCCCGGCCAUUGUGACCAUUGGCAACGCCGGCGAGGCCGUCGACACGGUCGAGCAGCGCGUCGAGUUCGUCGCCGGCGAGGACCGCCGCAAGAAGCGCCUGCAGGAGAUUUUGUCGUCGGGCCAGUUCGCGCCGCCCAUCAUCGUCUUCGUCAACAUCAAGCGCAACUGCGACGCCGUCGCCCGCGACAUCAAGGCCAUGGGCUGGUCCGUCGUCACCCUGCACGGCUCCAAGACGCAGGAGCAGCGAGAGGCCGCCCUCGCGUCGGUGCGCUCCGGCCAGACGCAGGUUCUUGUCGCCACUGACCUCGCCGGUCGAGGUAUCGACGUGCCCGACGUCUCCCUCGUCAUCAACUUCAACAUGGCGACCAACAUUGAGAGCUACACGCAUCGUAUUGGUCGUACGGGUCGUGCUGGGAAGAGCGGUGUCGCAAUUACCUUUUUGGGCAACGAGGAUGCGGAUGUGUUGUAUGAUCUCAAGCAGAUGCUGAGCAAGAGCUCCAUCUCAAAGGUGCCGGACGAGCUGAAGAGGCACGAGGCGGCGCAGUCGAGGCCCGUUCGUGGAGGGGCGAGUAGGAGGGAUGAGGCGGCUGCUGCCGAGGGCGGUAAAGGGGGAGGAGGCAAAGGAAACUGGUAA